AUGUCCGUCUCAGCAGCAUCCGAGACUCUGGGGAAUGCCCAGCAUGAAUCCGUUGUCUCCUUCCCUCAAUUCAAGACUCUACCUGCUGAGAUGAGAGGCUUGAUCUGGGAGUUCGCGAUACCCGGCGAUGUCCCUGAGCUGCAUAUCGUCAAACCGUACUCAAAGUGGCCUCACUGUUAUCCCACGGUGGAUAUUGCUUUCCCGGCGGUGUUGCAUGUGAGUCGGGAAGCAAGACAGUGCGUGCUAAGGAGGCUGAAGAUGCGCGACUGUCCAGUAAUUGGCUUCCAAGUGCCAUGUAGAGACUUCAGACCGGACCUGGAUACCAUGUUCAUCGGGGGCCUCGAGCACCGAGACUUCUUCUCCAGGCCCGAGAGCUGUUAUCGGGGUUUGGUCAAGACGCUUCGGCGUAUCGCCAUCGACAUCGUCUCCACUACCUACAGCAGUGGCAUUCCGGCCGUCCUUCCUCAUCUGGACAGCUUGGAAACUUUGAUAAUUGUAUUCAGCAAGACUGGUAAUAUUCAUCACCAAGGAGAGGCUCUGGCGUCCGAAAAAUCGAAUUGGCGGUGCCGCCUGCAAUCUUUCACUUCUGAGGAGCUGAGUCUCACUCGGGUUAAGACAUACGAAGGUGGCAUCGACUUUCUACCUCCCGAAACUUACAUAGCGAGAUUCCAAGAACGCCUGGCGAAGAAAACGCAAGGCCUGAUGCGCUCAUGGGGAGAUGAGGUAAAGAUUUGUGCAUGGGACUAUGCGAAUGACAAGCUGAGUCUCGAGGUCAUACCCCAGCGUUUUGUCGAGUACUACUUGGGAAGUUCAGGGCCGGAAUGGCGUCCGCGACGAUAG